AUGGCCUCGCCGCGCGCUUCGCGGUGGCCACCGCCGCUCCUGCUGCUGCCGCUGCUCCUGCUGCUGCUGCCGCCGCCCGCCGUCCCCGGAACGCGGCGGGAGCGGCCGCCCUCCCCGGCCCGCCGCGCGCCCCUCCACGACGCGGGCCGGCCUCGAUCGCCCGCCCGCGGCCCGGAGCUCCAGUCCCCGCCCUGGGAACGCCGCGGGCCCGCGUCCCCCGGCCCCAGCCACGCGCCCCCGCGGCCCGGCGUCGCCACUCGGCGGGGACGCUCCAGCGGGGACCCCCGAGGCGGGAGCGCGGCUGCUGUCAGCAACUCUGGGCCAGGAAGGAGCAACAUUGAGCCCCACAGUGAAAACACUGCCUUCCGUUGGAAUCAAGAGGACCUUUCCACAGUGGUCUCCAGAGAGGGUGCGAUGGCUCAGACCUCCAGGAUGAGCCACCUUUCUUCAGAAUCUCCAGAAAACCUCUCUGUCUUUACCGAAAUGGCAAGUGCUAAGGGAACGAACGAGUCUUCAAGUCAAACAAACUUCACCAUUUCACCUGUUGAGCACUUAUCUGAGAUCGCCAUGGCUCUAACCUCCCAGGACAGCACUUUAUCCUUGGAAAGGUUUCCCCUGCCAUCCAGCAGCAGUUCAAGGCCAGAAGACAAAAGUUCCCCUUCUCAAGUGGAGAGUGAGAUAUCCCCCAUCUCCCUGGAGAAGGGGACGGAGCACCUAGGAGUGGGGACUGCACAUACCCAGGUAGCCAACAUGUCAGCUUCCCUCCAGUCCUCCCUUGCUCCCGAGCCCAGAGAAGGGGCCAUGCUCUCCAGGAGGAGAAAUACCUUGGAACCAGAGCUUAUCUUCCAUCGCUUCUCCAGGACACCGGCUUACUCUCCUUCCUCAGGCCAUCCUUCAUCUUCUGAGAGGACGGAGGGGUUUGGUGAUAAUGUCACUGGUGUCCUGAGCUCAUCAGGCAGCCACACAAAGAGCACGCAUGCUGCCUCCACACUCACUGAUGGUGUCCCAAGGGUGCUCCGGUCUUUGGCUGUCAGCCUGGCACCUAUAAAUGAGACGGAGGGUUUCCCUGACCACUUCAGAACUGCUACAACUUCUGUCUCACCCACCGUGGGAGAAUCGAGAACUAACAGUAAAGUAACUGUGGACCGGGGAGAUGAAGAAAUCCUUGAGCCAUCCACAGAAAGUGAAUUUGGAUUUACAUCUUCACAUGGGCAAAAUGACUCCUUAACCCUUGGAGGACAUCAGUUUGCCAGCAGCUCUGAAGCAGGAAAUGGAAGAUCCAGGCUUCAAACGGAGACUGUGUUUAGCUCAGUCCCUGACAUUGGAGCUGGAGAAAGCACAGCACACUGGUUCUUGACCAAUAGCAAGACAUAUGCGGAUGUGAGAGAAAGCUCUGCUUCAUAUCCUAAGGUUGUGAACACUUUAGUUUUGACCCAAUUCUCAGGCUCUGCUCAACAGUCCAAAGGAGGAAACUCAGUGCUGGGUGAAAGGAGUUACUCAGUGUCUUCAUCUACAUCUUCCUUAGAAAGCCUGGAUUCCUCAGCGCCACGUGGAGGACACUCAACUCAGGAUGAUGGUCCUCCGGGCAGGGAAAGCACUUCCUGGUCACGUCCCCGCCGCGUGCACACCUCCGCCAUGUCUUCCGGAAGUGGGGAGCAGCGCACGCUGCGGUCUCUCAGCCUCACCGACGUGGCUGCCGCUUCCGCCGCCGCUGCCACCUCGGCGGAAGUGGGAGCGCGCGCAGCCCAGCCCAGGAACGUGACGGACCACUCGGGCCUGCUGUCGCACCCGCCUGCCGCCAUGCCUGCCCUUGCAGUCACUGGAUUUAGCUAUGGUCGUGUGAGUGGCACAGAUACCGAACAAAGGACUUCCAGUGACCACACAGACCAUACCUAUGUUUCAUCUACUUUCACCAAAGGAGAACGCACAUUAUUAUCCAUUACAGAUAAUGGUUCAUCCCCAGACAACAGUGAGAGCUCAACCUCUUAUAUUAAGAUCGCAGACUCUCCAUACUUAGACUAUACUUCCUCUUCUCAGACACAGACUGAGAGGAAUAACAUCUCAUCCUAUGGGGGGGAAUAUGCUCAGUCCUCCACUGAUUCACUCCUUCUGGGUACAUCCAACCUUCCGCCCUACACAUCCACCAUUAAUAUGCCAAAUACUUUGGUUCUUCUGGAUGCCAGGACUGAAUCUAUUGGUGACUCAUCUUCUUCAGGGUCCUCUUUGCCUCUGCCCUCAGUAUCACAAUCCCACCAGAUGGACUCAUCAACCUUACCGUCAACCAGGGCCUCUACACAUCAACUGAAGUCUACCUCCAAGGUGUCCACACCUUUGGCUUCCUCAACACCAUUAUUACCAAUAGUAUCUACCCAUAACCCACUUCUUGUCUCACAAACAACCAUGUUACAUUCAUCUUCAGCUCCAGUUCUACCUGGAGCAAGGGAAACACCUGUGACUUUAGUCCAGACAUCAACUAUAGCAUCAUCCUUAGCAAUGUCUCAUAGUAGCCAAACAUCAGACCCCAAGAACCAGAGCACUCAAGAGAAAAUCAUCACAGAAGGAAAGUCACCAAGCCUGGUGUCUCUGCCCACGGAGUCCACUGAAGUUGUAACAGUGAGCUCUCCCUCAGGGGUCCCUUUGCCCCCAGCCUUAACAGAAUUCUCUACUAAGCCAACCCUUCCAGUCAUGAGCACCAGCUUAGUCCACAUGUCUCAAGCAUUGACAACCACCACUUUUCAGUCUGGUUACCCUCCUGUGACUAGUCCCAGCACCCUGUCAAAUACAGAAGCGCUGAUCCCUGGCCCUGUAAUUGUACAUACUACAUCUGGAAGACAACUCUUGCCAACUCAUCCUGAAACUCGAGUGCCACAAAUCUCAACAGAAAGCACUAUCACAACAGAAAGAAGCCAAGUGCAUAUAGAUGAUACCACAAGAUUGAUCCCUGUGACCAGUGUACCCACAUCAGCAAAAGAAUUAACCACAAGGCUUGGCAUUAUGGAAGAGCACAGCCCAGCUUCACAUUUCCUCAGAACAUCUCCUCAAACCACAGAUGUUUCUACAGCUAAGCAGUUGACUCCUAAAUCUACAACCUUUACUGCUCAGAGCACCACAGAGUCACUGAUAGCAUGGCCACUUCCAACCUCAGUUAACAGCUGUGCCACAAAUCCUUGUCUUCACGAUGGUGAAUGCAUUGAGGACCUCACUGAUCGUGGCUAUCGAUGCGUGUGCCCACCGUCCUGGCAAGGGGACAACUGUAGUGUGGAUGUGGAUGAAUGCCUCUCAAACCCCUGCCCACCCCCAGCCAUGUGCAACAAUACUCAGGGAUCUUUUAUCUGCAGAUGCCCAGUUGGGUACCAGCUGGAGAAAGGCGUAUGCAAUCUAGUUAGAACCUUCGUGACAGAGUUUAAAUUAAAGAAAACUUUUUUCAAUACUACUGUGGAAAAACAUUCAGAUCUACAUGAAGUUGCAAAUGAAAUGACCAAAAUGUUAAAUAUGUGUUUUUCAACAUUACCUGGUUAUAUCCGAUCUACAGUUCACGCUUCUAGGGAGUCUAGUAUGGUGGUGAUCUCAGUGCAAGCCACGUUUUCCCUGGCCUCCAAUGUGACACUGUUUGACCUGGCUGAUGGGAUCCAGAAAUGUGUCAACUCCUGCAGCUCCUCUGCUGAGGUCUGCCAGCUCUUGGGGUCUCAAAGGAGGAUCUUUAGAGCGGGCAGCUUGUGCAAGCGGAAGAGUCCAGAAUGUGACAAAGAGACCUCCAUCUGCACUGACCUGGAUGGCGUUGCCCUGUGCCAGUGCAAGUCAGGCUACUUCCAGUUUAAUAAGAUGGAUCACUCCUGCCGAGCGUGUGAAGAUGGAUAUAGACUUGAAAAUGAAACCUGUAUGAGUUGCCCAUUUGGCCUUGGUGGUCUCAACUGUGGAAACCCCUAUCAGCUUAUCACGGUAGUGAUUGCUGCAGCAGGAGGUGGGCUUCUACUCAUCCUCGGCAUUGCCCUGAUUAUUACCUGUUGCAGAAAAAGUAAAAAUGACAUAAGCAAGCUCAUCUUCAAAAGUGGGGAUUUCCAAAUGUCCCCCUAUGCCGAGUACCCCAAGAACCCUCGUUCACAAGAGUGGGGCCGAGAAGUCAUUGAAAUGCAUGAGAAUGGAAGCACCAAAAACCUCCUCCAGAUGACGGAUGUGUACUAUUCGCCCACAAACGUGAGGAAUCCUGAACUUGAACGGAACGGCCUGUACCCAGCCUACACUGGAUUGCCCGGGUCACGGCACUCCUGCAUCUUCCCCGGACAGUAUAACCCAUCCUUCAUCAGUGAUGAGAGCAGGAGGAGAGACUAUUUUUGAGUCAGGAAAGAGGCCUGUUGCCCUGAGCCAGUUCCGGGACCCCUGUGGUUCAGAGCACACUGGCUGCUCCCAGGACUUGUCAGAGCCCCCCUCCCCCCACCUCCCCAUAAGUGGCACACAGAAAGAGGGACAGGCGUGACCGCAGUGGACGGGAAGGGCUGCAUGUGGACUGGCAGGCUGCUCACUUGGCACCUUCAUUGCUACUGUGAACGGACUGUGGGCAGUACCACCAGAGUCUCUGAGCGCUGUCGCGUGCCGCUGGCACCAGUGGUGACUGGAGCCAUGGCGGGCCACUAGGUAUCAUUGCAAGGACCCGGUUUUUCCUUGGUUUGCACUUUAGCACAUUGGACAGGGAGGUUUCCUCCUGGUUUGUUUCAAGACUGUUCCAGAAAGAGGGCUUCUUUUCAUGAGACACCGUUUGGUGAUUCAUCACAGCCAGGUGCUGGCGCUUUGUUUCCCUGCCCAGUUCCUGUGUGUGAAACAGAGGGGGAGGGAUGUACCACUGUGACCCAGAGAUGCUGCAGCCAGCAGUGCUUUCAUACUUCCCAGCGGCCUUAUGCUCGUUUCCAGGCUCUCCCCUCAGGGAGAAAAGGACAUGGGUAAGGCAGAGCGCACAACUUCCACUUGCUUUUCCAGUUGAGGUGACACGUUUAUUGCAGUCUAAAGGGUUUUUCCACCUUGCAGUUCCAUCUCCCAUUUUCAAGCAAGUGCAAAUCAGGGCAAAACAACUUACAUUUGGUUUGAGAUAGAGGCAUCCAGCUGCCGCAAUGAUGAGGCUGACAGAUUGGUGUGGGGCGGGGGGUAGGCAGAGGUGGCUGGUCCUGGUUUGGGGUGGGGGGAGUACUUCUCACCACGAGGGAACCCAUGGUUCCUGCUCCUCUGACCACCAUGGCAGAAACCAGAGGCCACUAUGGAUAGAGUGAGAAUAGAAAGCUGAAUGCAGGUGUGGAGGUGUAAGCCAGUAUUUCACCACUAGAGAAAAGCCUGCUGUAGUCCCUGCAGCUGAACAUGGUUAGAGAAAUGGGCUAAAUUAGAUAUUAGAUUUCCAUGGUGUUCCCGAGGAAACGUAGGGAGGUAGCACAGAGCUACAGGUAAGUGUGCUUACCUGCUAAUCCUUGUGUCUCUAAACGUGUCCACAAACUCAGUGUUUAAACUAACUACCCAGAGCUGCUUGCUCACUGAAGAUGUAGCUUCUGUUCUCUCGCCUGGUCACUGGUCCCUCUCUGUCCCUGGGUAGCACUCUGUGGAAACAGUUCUAGUAUGCGUGAGCACUGGCUGGCUAGGGGAAGGAAAUGCCCCCCGUGCCUUGUUGGUUGUGCCUCUGACUGGGUCCUGCAAGGGGGCAUGUUCAGUGCUCCUUGUCUAACCGUGGAACCGUGUUCAGUGUCUGGGCCCAUGGUGGUGUAGGGGAGGGAGCACGGAGGGACGACGAUCGUCCCAGCUCUUGCUUGGGGGCCCAGUGGCCCACAUUUCCAGCAGUGGUCCCGUGCUGGGGACUGUCUGCCCUGAAAUGUGUGUUUCUUCAAAGCCUGUAGUGCUGUAUGAAGCCAGAGCUCCUGAGGCCGCCGCUGCCGCUGCUCCCCUACCUGCUAGAGCACGGGUAGUGAGGUGCACGGAUUUUAGCAGUUCAGGUGUGCUUAUCUCACAAGCACAAAAAGAGUCCUGUUGGCCAUGGGUAUUAACUGACAGCUUCGAGCUCGCCACUGUCUUGAACAUUGAGUCUUACACAUAUCUCUGGAACCAAGUGGCCCUUGUGCCCCUCAUCUAACUGGAGAACUCAGAGCUCCUUCCCUCAGCUCACCUGAGCCAGCAGGCCUGGCAGCCUGCCCCAGCUCCGUAUGCAGCGCAUCUGCUGCUCUCCAGGCCUCGCUGCCCUGCCGAGAGCCAGCAAGGGGCUGUGUCCAGUCACGUCGUGCUGUCAUCAGCCGCCAUCACAGCUGGAAGAUCAUCUCCUCUAUCGGGACCGGAAGCCUUCAGCCCCACAAAACCAAGGGGUUCUGUCUUAGAAGUGUUCUUAGGAAGAGUCCCAGAGUCUAGAAGCAUGUGAGUUCUUAAAAUGCUUGCCUGCUCAUGAGUCUUGUCCAGGUAGAGUGGAUUUAGAGUCUUGCUUUGUUUUCUACUGUGAAAAAAAGAGGGCACCAAGCAAGGUGCUCACAGCAUGGCCAAUUCCCAG